AUGAGUCUCCUCUCGCCUGCUCCAUAUCAUGUUCUCAGCUAUGGAACCCUCCUGGGGACCACCUUCUUCCACACCUUCGUUGGAGGCAUAGUCUCGUUCCAAGUCCUGCCCCGACCACAGUUCGCCGCGCUCAUGGCCAAGAUCUUCCCUGUGUAUUUCACCAUGCAAACGGCGCUCCCGGCCGUCAUGGCAAUCACCUACCCUGCGGGCGGCGUGUCCGGCGUGCUGGACCCGUCCAACCGGUGGCGUGUGCUGGCUCCCAUAGCCGGCGCUUUCCUCUGCGCGCUGGGUAAUCUGGCGGUUGUCGGCCCGGCUACCACGAGGGUGAUGGAUGAGAGGAGGCAGCAGGAGAAAAAGGACGGCAAGAAGUCUUAUGACGCGCCGCCGCAUUCGCAGGAGAUGGUGGCGCUCAACAAGCAGUUCUCCAUGCUCCACGGCAUUUCGUCGCUCCUGAACCUUGGAACAUUCGUCGCGGCCGUCGUCUACGGCGUUUCACUUUCAUCCAGGCUGUUCUAG